CCUCUGCCAUCCACCUCCCCUUUCAGCUCGCUGGCCUGACUUGGUUCUGUUCCUCUCCAAAUACAUGUUUGACAUUGCUUUCCUCCUGUAUUUCCUUUGCAUUUCCCCUCUGCCUUGUCUUGCAAUGGGGAUGGCUUAGGCAGCCCCUGCUCUCAAUAGAGCAGAAAAGAGAGAGCAGAGGGAGGGCUGGGAUAGGAGGGAGGAGGCAAGCCACAUCACACACACACACACACCUCCCUGCAUGUGAUUAAAUGUCUUGAAAUCUGCUUCUGAUUUCCUCGGGGAGUUGACUUUUCCCUUCUUUUCAACCCCUGGAUUUAUUGAAACCUUUUUACUCCGCUUCAAGGCAGCAGCUGGGGCUCAGUUUCUUCCCUCUUGCCUAUGUUUUUUCCUCUCUUCCCUUUUUCUCUCGUCCCUCCCAGCAGCAGUUCAGUGAGAUCCAGGAGAAAGGAGGAGUGCAGCAGCUGGGAGAACCUUGAGAAGCGGCCAAGGGACUCGAGGACCAGGCGAGGGGCUGCUGCAGACCACACCGUGCGGGGGCUUGGCUUUGUUUUACCCCCCCCCCCCACGAGAUAAAUAAACAAAAAUCUUACCCCCGCGUCUGUGUAAAAGGGCUUUGACGUCUGGACUCACACCCCUUCGGCCGCAUCACUGCUGGGAACCGCACGCUACCAGGAACCGUCUACCUGCCGGGCUCCCAGGAGGAUUUGGCUUGUGUGUCUUGGAGAGAGCUUGUCCGACGAGGAUGGACCUCUUGCACCUCUUACGGCUGCUGCUUACCACCUGUGUGUUCGGCCUGUCCCAGACAAUCAACCCCUUUGUGGUGCAGCAAACUGCAUCUGAUCCUUGCUACGAUGAGAACAGCGCCCCCCGGCGCUGCAUCCCCGAGUUUGUCAAUGCUGCCUUUGGGAAGGAAGUGCAGGCCUCUAGCACGUGUGGGAAGCCUCCCACUCGCCACUGCGAUGCCUCAGACCCCCGCAAAGCCCACCCGGCAUCUUACCUCACGGACCUCAACACUGCCUCCAACAUGACGUGCUGGCGCUCCGAGAGCCUGCACCUUUCCCCUCAGAACGUCACGCUCACCCUCUCCCUGGCCAAGAAGUUUGAGGUGAUUUAUGUCAGCCUGCAGUUUUGCUCGGCCCGGCCUGAGUCAGCGGCCAUUUUAAAAUCUAUGGAUUAUGGCAAGACCUGGGUGCCUUACCAGUACUAUUCCUCCCAGUGCCGGAAGAUCUACGGCAAGCCCAACAAAGCCACCGUCACCAAGCAAAAUGAGCAGGAGGCGCUGUGCACCGACGGCCACACAGAUCUGUACCCGCUCACUGGGGGCCUCAUUGCCUUCAGCACGCUGGACGGCCGGCCCUCUGCCCAAGACUUCGACAACAGCCCAGUGCUCCAGGACUGGGUGACAGCUACGGACAUCCGGGUCAUUUUCAGCCGCCCCCAUUUGUUCCGGGAGCUGGGGGGCCGGGACAAUGAGGAGGACGAUGGCGGGACCGGCUCGUCUUCAUACUACUAUGCCGUGGGUGAGUUCCAGGUCGGGGGGCGGUGCAAGUGUAAUGGGCACGCCUCCCGCUGCGUGAAGGACAAGGAGGGCAAGCUGGUGUGUGACUGCAAGCACAACACCGAGGGCCCCGAAUGCGACCGCUGCAAACCCUUCCAUUAUGACCGCCCGUGGCAGAGGGCCGACGCCAGGGAGGCCAACGAGUGUCUAGCCUGUAACUGUAACCUGCAUGCCCGGCGCUGCCGCUUCAACAUGGAGCUGUACAAACUCUCAGGCAGGAAGAGUGGAGGUGUCUGCCUCAACUGUCGCCACAACACGGCCGGCCGGCACUGCCAUUACUGCAAAGAGGGGUUCUACCGGGACAUGAGCAAAUCCAUCACAGACCGCAAGGCCUGCAAAGCUUGUGACUGCCACCCUGUUGGUGCAGCUGGUAAAACCUGCAACCAGACCACUGGGCAGUGCCCAUGCAAAGAUGGUGUGACAGGGCUCACCUGCAAUCGCUGUGCCAAGGGCUACCAGCAGAGCCGGUCACCUGUGGCUCCCUGCAUCAAGAUUCCUGCCAUCAACCCAACCUCCGUGGUCACCAGCACAGAAGAGCCGGCAGACUGUGAUUCAUACUGCAAGCCAGCCAAAGGCAACUACAAGAUUAAUAUGAAAAAAUACUGCAAGAAGGAUUAUGUUGUCCAAGUGAAUGUCUUAGACAUGGAGACAGUGGCCAACUGGGCUAAGUUCACUGUCAACGUCCUCUCGGUCUACAAGUGCCGCGACGAGCGCGUGAAGCGUGGUGAUAACUUCCUGUGGAUCCACAUGAAAGACCUGGCCUGCAAGUGCCCCAAGAUCCAAAUCAGCAGAAAAUACCUUGUCAUGGGGAUCAGCGAAAACCCCACUGACCGGCCAGGACUCAUGGCCGACAAGAACAGCCUGGUCAUCCAAUGGCGGGAUGCCUGGACCCGGCGCCUGCGGAAACUGCAGCGGCGGGAGAAGAAGGGGAAGUGUUUGAAACCAUGAUGGGUUUUGUGUCUGUCCCUUACUAAAGUUCCCGCCCUAUGCGCAUUCUUCAGACUGUUCCUCAGAGACUCUGUACAUAUAUAUAGCGUGAACAGACUCUCCUGUCUAUAGUGUAUAUUUGCGAUGGGUUCCUUUGUGUGCGUGAAGGCCCGGGUGUGCCUGGGGGUGUGUGUGUCCUUAAUGUUGAUUAAAAGUAACACAGUAAAGACGAGCCUUUAAAGAGGAGUGAAGUGGAGGAUGAGCCCAGUGUUGCUAGGUCUGAAGUUGCUCAGAGGAUAUAAGCAAAAGGCCUGUCCAUCACGGCCCCUCUCCUGUGGGCGUCUCAUUGUUUCUGAUCUCUCUUCCCUUUCGUGUUGAGCUCCAUGCCCUGCCUGCUCCCAGUGUCCGAGCGCAAGUCCUCAGCUCUUCGCUCAGCCACAGUAUAUCUGGGUGUGGACUAGUCUAAGCUCUUCAGUCCCCUUCCCAUCCAUAGCAACUGAGACUGGCCUGGUGUCAGUUCAUGGAUUAUGAGGCCAAAAGAGACCACUGUGAUCAUCUCAUUUGCCCUCCUGCAUAGCACAGGCCAGAGAACUCCCCUGAUUUAACAUCCCCCAUUCCCAUCUUCUAACCUAUUUCAGGUCACCCUGAAGGGAAAGCAAAAGCAUUGGUCAUAGAGGGUCAGAUUCUUCUGUCAUAUAUACUGGUAUAGGUAAGGAGUGAGUGCAUGGCUUGCUAAUGGAUUUCCGUAUGCAGGGGCGGCUCCAGGCCCCAGCACACCAAGUGCGUGCUUGGGGCGGCAUGCCGCGGGGGGCACUCUGACGGUCUCCAAGUGCCUGCGGGAGGUCCACCAGAGCCGCGGGACCA